AUGAAGAUUCUUACGAAGGAGGAGGAGCAGGCGCAUUACAAUGCGACGGUCCAAGGCGGCCUUCUCGGCGGCCUCGCUGGUGUCGCCGUCGGCGGUCUAGGAGUCUACGCAGCAAGCGCACGAUCCCAUAUGUUCCGCCAGCUCACAGUGCCAUUCCGAGCUUUCCUCGUCGCAUCAUCAGGAACAUUUGCCGCCAUCAUCACAGCCGACCGCGCCUCCAGAGGCUACGAAGCCCAACGCAACCCCCAAAAGCGUUACAAAGAUGAAGCUCAGACGACAGAGCGGCAGAUCGAAAGGCAAAAGCCCUUGACGCAGCAGAUCACGGACUGGGCCAAGGAGAAUCGAUAUCCAAUUAUCUUCGGAGCGUGGGUGUUGUCUAUGGGCGCGUCGUUCGGAAUCGUUUCGCGGAACCCGUACUUGACCGGCCAGCAGAAGCUCGUACAGGCUCGUGUAUACGCACAGGGUCUCACGCUAGCGGUACUACUGUGCAGUUUCGCGUUCGAGGCCAGCGAUGCGGGUAAGGGUGCUGGGAGGUGGGAGACCGUCAGAUAUCUGGAUCCGAAUGACCCGACACACAAGCAUAUAAUUGAGAAGAAGAUACACCACGAGCGGUAUGCGGGUGAGGAUCAGUGGAUGGAUAUGGUCGCGGCUGAGGAGCAAAAGUUGAAGGAGCGAGACCAGCAAGUUAAGGAGCAGGAGGAGAAAGAUGCCAAGGAGGGCAAGAAUUCCAAGGCGAAGAACAACAACAACAACAACAAGAAUUCAGAGAAAGACUCGGGGAAGGAUUCAAAGAAGUGA